UAUACACAAAUUUUGCUGGCAUUUUAUUCACAUUUUGUGAAGGAGUCAUCCAAAGUGUAGAGCAGCAACUCACAGGGCACAGAGAGUGAGAGAGAGAGAGAACAUAACCAUGGCUUCUCUGACUCUACCCGUCACUCUUUCACCUGCUCUAUCUAGGAUAGAGAUGAGAGCGGGAAAUUCAUUUGCUUUCAGUUUUAGCUGCUCUUCAAGAACACAGAAUUUGCAGAUAGUGUCCCAGAUGAAAAAAGAUGGUAAAGGUCGGCGAGUGUGGCGGCGAAGAAAAUUGACCAAGAAGGAUGAUAUGUUGGACUACAAAAUGGAGCGAGUGCCAUUCUUGGAGGAGCAAGUUAGGAAGAUACAAGAAGGUGGGAAGCUGCUGACAAUGGACAUAGAGAGACUAAUGCUAUCAGAGGACAACCGGUUUGAUUUUGUGAAUGAAAUAGCGGCGGAGGCCAAUGAGUAUGUAGAGAGCAACAGAGAUGAGUAUGGAGGUUCCAAGAAAGCCAUCCUUCAUGUGCUCAGUAACCGUGUGAAUGAUUCUGGGUUUUACAGACCAGAAGCAUAUGCAGAAUCUGAUCCAUUCAAGCCUGGACCCUCUUAUUUAAAAGAAGAAUUUACAUAAGAGAAUUGUAUAAAUAGUGCUGGAGGAUAUUAUUUGUAACUUUUUGUUCAUCUUUUAGUAAUCUAGCUUUGUGGUUCCUUGUGUUUUUGUUA